AUGACCGUAUAUCCAGCAUCUCGAAUACCGAUAGACCCCAACGGAAAUGUCGACCUUGUGAUCCAGGGCUACCGAUUUCUUGUCUCUGCUUCGAGAAUGUCGGCCAUAUCGCCAAAGUUCGGCCAGAUCUUCAACGACCCAGAUCACCUGUCACAGAGAACAGUGGAGCUCCCCAGCGAAGAUCCAGUAGCGUUCCGGUUUAUCUGUCUCUCUGCUCACGGCCACUUUGUACCGCAAUCCUACGUAUCAUUGGAAGUCGUGGUUAAAAUAGCCGACGCCGUUCGACGUUACAACAUUCCCAGCACUUCUAGUAUCUAUGAAGUAGUCCGAUUCUAUUUCGAUGCGCGGACAGAACGUAUGACAAAUAUCUCGACCUCAGACCUUACUAUGCUUCUUCAGGUGGCAAGAAUUCUUGGCCCUACCGUACUUGUUCAAUUUCUAAAGGAUGUAUUCUAUCGCUGUCCUUUCUCGUUCGAACCACUACCUAUCGAACCAACUUUGAGCCACCUGAAGCUCAAGGGUGCGGCCCUUCGUCUAGACGUGGCAUAUAUCCUGUUACGUUCGAUGGCGGAAUCUGCACAUGCUCAGCAAGAGAUGUACGGCUUAGCUACCAUGAUCAUUUUCAAGGGCCUCAGUCUAUACGAGAUCAGUUCGCGGCUUGACCAGGCUAUCGGAAACCAACCAGGAUAUCGGCGACAACUCCAAGACGCUCUCGACGCCAUCGAACGAGCAAACGCUGAAAUCUCUUUCUAUUCUCGUAGCGAAGCUAAGUUGGGGACUGCAAAUGGAAGAGAUAUCACUCAACGAGGCUUAUUAGAGUGGCAAUCCCCUGAAGUAAGCUGGCUCGACAUCCAGAUCGCAAGUGAAGAGCGUACUGCGUAUCCGAUUUCACCAUCGCAUACGGAAUUUGAGGACAUUGAAGUGUACUCUCGAUCCGUUGACGAAUAUGAUGAGACCAGAUACGACAACACAAUUCCUAUAACUAGGCGAGAAGGCGCACUCAGAAUAAGGCGAAACACUGCAUAA